CUGAGGGAUGGUGCAGCUCUUGCCAGCCCAAGGAGCGGGGCUGGGGCUCCUUCGCAGCACCCUUGAGGCGCGCAGCGGGCGAAGGGCGCGAUGAGGACCGAGGCCGGCGUCUGGCUCCUCGGCUUGUGCUACCUGGUCGCCGCCGUCGCGGAGGAAGCCGAGAUUCCCCAAGAGGUGAUUGAAAGGCUGGCUCACAGCGAGAUCCACAGCAUCCGCGACCUGCAGCGCCUCCUGGAGAUUGACUCCGUAGGGUACGACGAUGCCUCGGAAACAAACUUGAUACUGCACAGCGUUCACUCCGUAAAACACGUGCAAGAUAAUCGCCCCAGACCCAUUCGUAGGAAAAGAAGCAUUGAGGAAGCCAUUCCUGCUGUUUGCAAAACCCGAACCGUCAUCUACGAGAUACCUCGGAGUCAAAUCGAUCCCACGUCGGCAAACUUCCUGAUAUGGCCACCAUGCGUGGAAGUGAAACGCUGCACAGGCUGUUGCAACACCAGCAGUGUGAAAUGCCAGCCGUCACGGAUACACCACAGAAGCGUCAAGGUGGCAAAAGUGGAAUAUGUUAGAAAAAAGCCAAAAUUAAAAGAAGUCCUGGUGAAGCUAGAAGAGCAUAUGGAGUGCACCUGUACAUCAUCGAGUUCUAAUUCAGAUUAUCGAGAAGAAGAAACGGAUGUAAGGUGAAAAUAAGCUAGAAAAUACUUCUCUCUGGGACAUGGAUGUACAUUGUUGGUUACAUUCCUGAACCUACUAUGUAUGGUGCUUUAUCGACUGUAUACUUCGUUUUUGUUCUCCUACGUGGAGGGGUGGGGUGGGGAAACUGGCUUUAAAAAAGGAUGCUUCAUGAGAACAAAAGAGACAAUGUACAUUUGUUUAAUAUGACAUCAAAGCAAGCGUUGUAGCACUCUGCGAAACAAUACGAAGUUUCCCUGUCCAAAAGAGAGAGAGAGAGAGAGAUGACCUGAAUGGAGGAUGCCAAAAGGACUUCAAAAACUUGACAAAAACCUAAAGCGAAGGUGGAUUUCCUCUUAGAAGAGCGGUCAAUGGUGCUUUCCCCCCCCCUCCCCCCUGUUUGUUUUUGUCAAGAAAUGUGCCUGCAUUCUUGAUGAAGAUGGAUGGACGCUGAUGGAGUUCAGGCACAUACACACAAACACACACACAAGAAAAAAAAAAAAAGCAGGAAUGUAUCAAAUACCACAGCAGAAACUAUAGAAACUGCAGUUUUGCUUGGUGGUGUUUUAAAGUCUAUACAAAAAAAAAAAAUCUUCUGGGGCGCCUUAAGUGGAUUUUUUUUUACACCAUAAAAGUUAUUAUUAAGCUUUCUUUUUACUCUUUUGCCUAGCUUUUUAUUAUCUCUUGGGACUACAUUUACCAAUAACCCAUAUAAGAAGACCUGCUGUAGAGUUGAGACGGGACACACAGACAAGUAUGGGAUUUCUCCUAGCGGGUUGCAAACUAAUGAGAUGUAUUGAAAUAAAAAUGGUAUACCUAUGCAUAAUUUUCUAAAUGUUUCUUGGUUUAUGUCCCUCUCUCUUUUCCUUCCCUCCUCCCAUGUCCAUCUUGUCCCACUCGUUAAUUUAAAACAGUGGUUUUCAAAGUGUAUUUUGAGAUGCCGGGAAUUCUUCUUGAGGGGUUCCUCAAAGCAGAAGAAGCAGCAUGGUGGAGAAGCAUCUCCUGGUUGCCCACUGUGACCAAGCUCGCCUUAUGGGAGGGAGGGAAGAGAAUCAGUUGGGGGUGGAGAAUUAGGACAUAUUCUAGUCACCAUGGGACACCUGGAAGGCCUGGCAGUAUGAACUGGGGGCCUACAAGAAUCAGUGUGCCUAGAAUGUACAUCCUUUUCAAGUGGGCAGUCAUUUCGUGGCAGAUGUACAGUGAUACCUCAACAGACAGGCCAAUGCAGAAAAAGUUUCCUGGGGUAAGAAGUUUGAAAGUCACUGUUUUAAAACCUUCUGAAGGACAGCUGAUGUGCAUAAGCAAGUUUAGGCUAUAUGCAAGCAUUAAAAAAAAAAUAAUAUCUUGUUCCUUCUACCAGUUGCCUGGGUGCAAUUUUGUGGUAGCAGUUGCUAUUCCUCUCAGUAGACAAGAUCCUUUUUGCUAUUUCACAUGUUUAAGCUGUGUGAGAUGUACAAACUCUUCUUGUUAUUCGUAUUGUAUGAUGUCACUGUGGCGUGGGGAUGACCCUGCCGGAAAGCCUAAAAUUCUUUAUUUUUGGUAUUAAAAAAAGUUAUGCUUUAUGUGUA